ACAGCCUCCCCGCGCAGGGCCGCGAGCGCGCCCUCGCCCGCCGCCGCACGCGCACGCCGCCCCCUCGUGGGAGCCCGGGGCCGCACGCCGCGCGGAGCGGAGCGGAGGGGAGGGGGCGGGGGCGGGAGCGCCGCGCACGCGCACGCGCAGGGGCCGGCGGCGCGCGCCAAGCGGGGGGCGCCGCGCGGGUGCAGCCACGAUGGAAGGGGGUGCGUACGGAGCGGGCAAAGCCGGGGGCGCCUUCGACCCCUACACCCUGGUCCGGCAGCCGCACACCAUCCUCCGCUUCGUGUCGUGGGUAUUCUCCAUUGUGGUGUUUGGGUCCAUUGUGAACGAGGGCUACCUCAACAGCAACUCCAAGGGUGAAGAGUUCUGUAUCUACAACCGCAACCCCAACGCCUGCAGCUAUGGCGUGACGGUGGGCGUGCUGGCCUUCCUGACCUGCCUGUUCUACCUGGCCCUGGACGUGUACUUCCCGCAGAUCAGCAGUGUGAAGGACCGCAAGAAGGCUGUGCUGUCUGACAUCGGCAUCUCGGCCUUCUGGGCCUUCCUUUGGUUCGUGGGCUUCUGCUUCCUGGCCAACCAGUGGCAGGUCUCCAAGCCCGAGGACAACCCGCUGAAUGAAGGGACAGACGCGGCCCGGGCUGCCAUCACCUUCUCCUUCUUCUCCAUCUUCACAUGGGCGGGCCAGGCUGUGCUGGCCUUCCAGCGAUACCAGAUUGGCGCCGACUCAGCCCUCUUCUCCCAGGACUACAUGGACCCCAGCCAGGACUCCAGCAUGCCUUACGCCCCCUACGUGGAGCCCAGUGUUGGGCCCGAUCCCACUGGCAUGGGCACCUACCAGCAGCCAGCCAACACCUUCGACGCGGAGCCUCAGGGCUACCAGUCGCAGGGCUACUGAGUCGCGGUGACAGCCUUCCUCCUGCCCCCUGCCUGCCCUAGCCACAGCCCCCCUCCCCCUCCAGCUGUCCCCUCCCUUCCAGGCUGCCUACCACCUCAUCGGCCUCUAGGCUGUCCCACUGAGGCCCAGGGCAGCUCGGAGUGAAAAGGGACAGUGAGUACCAGGGUGUUUCUACCUGUGUCUGCAAGAGUGUCCAGCGGGGCCGGGCAUGGCCUUCCCUGUUACAUGUCACCAAACAUUCACUGAGCAACUACCAUGUGGCAGGCCUGUCCUCAGCACAGGUGAUCAAAGGAAUGAUCCCAGAUGGAUGGAGAGGAGGUGCACUGGGGCCCUCAAAAGGAACAGCGGGGAAUACUGAGGUGAGCCAAGGAGGCAUGGCUGUGGGAUAAGUGAGGCCACUGACAGCUCACAGGCUAGGAUGACCCCAGAGCCCUGACAGAGUGGCUGGGCUGUCUCCAUUGAAUGGUUGAGGAAACUUGAGGCCUGGAGAACUCAGGGCCACUUGCCCAGGGUCACUCAGGCUGCUGGUGAUAGGGUGGGACCGAGCCCAGGCCUCCCCCCAGCACAGCUCCCACUGUGUUGUCCCCAUCUUUCCCCACCCCGAGUCUGGGGCUCUGUAAUUAGUGUUACCACCACUCUGGGAGACCUUGGGGAAUUGGGCCCACAAGACACUCCAAAUGUGCUAUAAACCAGGGGCCUGCUCAGCUCAGUAGGGCAGCUCUGCUUCAGUGCCCUCUGUCCACACUGACUCUCCUCACCAGGUGGGGUACACUGCUCUGUGUAUAUCCCACUGAGAGAUCCAGCAGACCCGACCCCAUAUCCUCUUCACAGCCUGACCACGGUUCCUGCCUCCAGGAGAUGCUCACUGCAUCCUCCCCCAGGGCUGGGUGCACAGGAGACCCAUGGGGGAGGGGUGUGCAGUGAGUGAGAGGCAGUGCAGUCUGUUGGCCCCAGCCACCCAGCAGAUGACUGGCUCCCUGCCCAGUGAUCUCCUAUGAGCCAAGACUGAUCUGAACUCCUCUGCUGUCUCUUCUCUUAGCCAGAAAAGGGGGUAUUCAGGGGCUCUAGACCCAGCCAGGCCAGCCUGUGGGGCCGCCUCCCCAGGAUGACACCCUGACAGCCCCCAGGGCAUAGUGGGUUCAGGGACAGGCUGAAGGGUGGAGAGUUGGUCCAGACCUGGGGCCCAAUAUCCACUAGCAUGUGCCUGGGGAGCAGAACGAGGGGUGUGAGCUGAUGUUCCCACUACUUGGACCCCACGACCCCUGAACUCUGAGGUAGGGAAUGUUCACUCAUUUGCCUGCUGAUCCAGAGAGGUGGGGGCACCUGUGCUGGAAGCUAGCAUCCAGACUGGGAGAUGAGCAUUAACCCAGUGCCCAGAGCCUGUCCCGGGGCAGCAGAAGGCCGGAGUGUGUGCCAUGAACUAUGGCCGAGUCUCCUGAGAAUGCACUGACAGCUUGGCAAGGAAGAGGAACUUCCCACUUAACAGAAGGGGAAACUGAGACACAGCAUGAGGGAGUUAGCAGCAGAGCACAGAUCUGAACUCAGGUCCAUUCACCUCCUUCCAAGGGCAGCAGCCUAGAAGCGGAUCCCAGACAGCCGGCCCACUGCAUGACAGGAAAGGGACUCUAGUUCUGUCUCCUGGGAGCCCAGGUGUCGGCAAGGUGGGGGCUGUCUAGCAGUGGGGUGGCUGGGACCUGUACUAGAUCAGACUAGAAGUAGUUGAGGGCUGGGUGUGUUGUUGGCAGAGUGACCUAUGCCCACCACAGGUGGCUGGCAAAGUUCCCCAUGCCCUCUCCCCACCUGUUCCUCCUCAGCUGAUGAGUACUGAGAAAGCCCAGGGCCUGAGCCAUGUGUCUGCCCAACUCUGACCUGCUAUGGCAACCAGAGGCUGGAGGUCGGGUACUAAGCUCCUUCCCACCCCUGGUGUUGGCCGCCAAGCCACCCCUGCCAGAAGUUCACCAGCCUCCAACAGGAGUGGGGGUGCCCCAUCAUGUCACUUGACAUUCGUCACUCCUAGGAACCCAUGUAGGGUGGGGGACAGGAGAGGGUAAAAGAUGGAGAGCAGACACUAAGCGCCCAGCUUACAGCCCCUGCUCCCCACCCACAUCAGCCCCUCCCUCUGCACCCUCUGCCUCACCUCCAGUUCCAAGAAUCUCUUUGGAGAAAGACCCCUGCACACCCUACCCCCAACCUUGCAGAGUUUGGGCUCCCUCCUCCCAUCAAGCACAGUAGAGGGCCCAAGAAAACUGGGUUCCACAGGGUUUAAUACUGCAAGGACCCCUUGAGACAGCAGCGUCUAAGUAGGGAAGACACUGCUGUGCGAAGUCAAGGGCAGAACCAGGGGGUAGGGAGCCGGGUCACCUGCCCCUGAACUAACUACCCCCAAACCUGCUGCCUUGAUGUGGUUCCAGCCGAGGGACAGAUUCCCAGGGACAGGUGUGCUCCCUACUUCAGCCUUCCCUGGUGAUUGUUGUUUUCCAAAGACUCUUGGGGGUUCCCAGAGUCUUCCUCCAUGCUACCAAGCACCCCCAAUCUGUUAGCCCUUGGGAGCCUCCCCAGUCUUAGCUCCCCCCUUGACUCUAAGGAGCACGAAAGGGGAAUACCCUUCCCAGCGUUGGCCCUGGUGUGCCCCCGCCCUGGCGCCCCGCCCUCCCGCAGCAUUCAUUACUGCCUGUGUAUAGUAUAAAUAUAUAUAUAUUUUCUACAUAUGAGAUGUAUGGUAUAAGGCUCCACCAGAUCUGUGCGCGUGAGUGCGUGUGUGCAGUGACUAGUGGUCCCCUUCCUGGACCCCACGUGGACUCCCCCACCACCUGGUUAAGUCUCCCAAGUGUGAAUUCAGUGGCCCUGUGUGGGCACCCUUCUCUGUGACACCGUCCAUUUGUGGUGAACUAAGUGAAAGUGGUGACUUCUGGUGACAUAGUAAUAAAGUGAAGACAAACCCA